GGCCGGCAUGGAGCCCCGCUUUGACCUGGUGCUCCGCAGGAGAUGAAGCGCGGGACCGGCGUGGAGGUGGGGUGCCUCAAGGCUUUGGAGAAGCCCAUGGCCGACCUCGAGGAGAGCAUGAAGGGCUUCGUCAAGGAGGCCGUGGAGGGGGAGGGGGAGCUGCGAAGGCUGCAGGUGGAGGCCAUGGAGGCCAAAGCAGAGCUGACCCACUGCAAACAGGAGUUGGAGCAGAGCCGCAACAACUUCCUGUCGGAGGCGGCGGAGACCAGGAUCCUCAACUCCAAGCUUAAGGAACUCGAGGCGGAGCUGGCGGAAGCCAAGGGCCACGUUGAGGAGGCUGCCCAGAGGGGGGGCGUGCGAUUCCUGCAGCAGGUGAAGCAAGUGGAGGGCCGGGGCCUCAUCUCCCUGGACCUCAGCAAGUGCGUGCUGGAGAUCAAGAAGGGCAUGGACUUCAAGGCCAAGAAGCCCACCGAGGCGCCGGUGGCGCAGUUCACGGACGAGUCCCUAGCCACCUCGGCCCUGGCCGACGCCUCGGAGCUGGUGAGCAUGCUCAAGGGCGCGCGGAUCUCAGUGGAGAGCCACGUGAAGCCCGUGAGCAAGGGCGCGGAUGCCUUCUGGGAGCAGCUCGCGGAGGGCCGCGCCGAGCUCAUUCGCCAGCACCUCGCGGCCAAGGCUGAGGACGCUGAGAUCGCGGCGAAGGGCGUGCCGAACCGACAGGGGACCAACGCGGUGGUCGUGAAGAUUGGGUUGCCGAGCGAGAAGUGACGAGGUCCGGAGGUCCGGAGUUCCCCGAAGCGGGUGGUACCUCCUGCGUAUUUGUCGGACUUACUUGGACCAACGGCGAGAGAUGCGCGCGCUCAGAGAGAGCCAGGUUUCACACGGCGCAAGACGCGCCAGGCGCCAGAGAGCGGCGAACGCUGCGCUUG